UGAAACGUUUCUGACAAUCCAGAGUCGAAGCCAGAGUAAAAUUCUACGAAAGAUAAGUCAAAAUUCUGCGGUAUUCGGACAAUGUUCGAACGGGAGAUAAGGUCAGUGCACACAAAAUGAACAUAAUGGAACACAGCGACCCAAUCUCCAGCCAUGCACCUUGCUUACUUGUACGCUUACAUUGUUUUUUCUAUUCCAGUCAGUAUCUGUAACGUCGAGGGCUGUUACUGGACGCUCUAAGGCACGGGACCGAAAAAUAACAGUAGAAAACUCUUCGUUCUCGGUAAAAAUGUCGCGCGUCUCGUUGUUUCUCAUUAUAAUAUUGAUAAACUAUUUUUUACGCAGUGAUGGCAAGGCAAUUGAAAACGAAAAGUUUCAGUUUGAUAUUACAAACGGUGGUUCGAGGACUCAAGGCCAAGUUGCGAAUGAAAACUUGCAUUCUAAGACGACGAAAGUUGAACGUUCAAACGAGAAAGUGACGAAUCAUAAUACUUGUACUGGAAAAUGUAACGGAAAAGAUCUGCAAUUGUUAACCGAAAGCAAGCAACUGUGCCCGUAUGAAAAUAAGGAGUUAUGUUUAAUUUUUUCUUUGUCAAAAAUUGCUAAAGUUCAAGUGGCCACUUUAGGACAAGCUUCGACAGAUCGCACUUUAAUAUCGAAUGUUUCUGACGGCACGUCGAGAGGCCCCGAACGUACAAAAAUUGGCGAAGAAACGAAAGAACAGAAAAGCUUAGGAAAUGAAAAUUUCAAGAAUUUUUCAACGGAACAGACGAAAUCGUCAAAUGUCCAUUGUCGAGCAAUUCGAGAUGUUUACAUACCAGAGGUCAAGCAGAACCUACCAGCUCUCGGUUGUAAAUUUGGAAAUAACACGUUCAUUUUAUCAAGUGAAAGGUUUCUUCAAGACCGACGAUUACAUUUGGACGUAAAAAUCGACAAAGACACCGUUAAAAAUAUAAUGUUUACACGAAAAAUGUCCAGAAGCAAUGAAUUUAACGUGGUACGAGCGCUGCUUAUUCUGAACCUCGCUAAUAACGAUUAUAGGAUAGAAGUGUAUAAAAAUAUUUCUAACGAACAGGAAGUGAACGAAGCGGAAGAGAAUCGAUAAGAAAUUAUCAAACGAACGAAUCGUAUUCUGUAGAAAGUUCAAAUACUCGGUGACGUCCUCGAAUCCGGUAUCUUUCGCUCGGUAAACAAUGUAUAUAAACAUGAUAAUUGUAACUACAUCAGCCUUUGUAAUAGCAGAAACGAAAU